AUGGUCACUUCCAUUGAAUUUCCCGAGCCCAACGGCUCUGCCCAUGGCCAGGGCACGAGUCGCCGUUGUGUUGCCGAUGGCACCCUCGACAUUACAGUGAUGGGAAUGAACAGCGGUACGGCCAUGGACGGCAUUGACUGCGCCCUUGUUCGUUAUCGUCAGGUUUCUCCAGAAGCCCCUUUGCACAUGGAGCUCCUCAAGUACGACGAGUUUCCCGUCCCGCAGAAUAUCAAGAAGCCCGUCCUCGCUAUGCUUCGCGAAACAAGAACUACUCCAUCCCUCAUGUCCCAACUAAAUGUCCAGCUCGGGAACAUGUUUGGUGAGACAGUCAAGCUCUUUUGUGAGAAGCACAAUGUACCGAUCGAUAGCAUCGACCUCAUUGGCUCGCACGGACAAACGAUUUGGCUUCUAUCCAUGCCCGAAACUGGCGAGACCCGGUCCGCCUUCUGUCUCGGCGAGGGAACUGUCAUGAGUGGCAUGACCAAGAUCACGACAGUCACGGACUUCCGCAUGGCUGAACAGGCGGUCGGCCGCCAAGGUGCUCCCCUCGUCGCUUUGAUCGACGGUCUCCUCCUGCGCCACCCCACUGAAUGGCGCAUCUGCCAGAAUAUCGGCGGUAUUGCUAACCUCUGUGUCAUUCCACCUGACAGUGAAGGUGGCGUCGACGCCAUGGUCGACUGGGACUGUGGCCCGGAAAACAUGUUCAUCGAUGCCGCAAUGCGCUACUUCACCAACGGCGAGAUGGAAUAUGAUCGCGACGGCGAAUGGGGUGCUCAGGGGACCGUCAACCAGGCAGUAGUCGACAAGUUCCUAGACAACAAUAAGUACUGCAACCACCUGCCUCCCAAGACAACGGGUCGUGAAACCUUCGGCGACAAUGGUGCUCAGGAGAUCAUCGAUGAGUGUUUGGCUCUGGGCAUGAGCAAGUACGACAUCAUCGCGACCAUCACACGUAUCACCGCCCAGAACAUUGUCAAGCAGUACCGCACCUUCUUCCCCCGGUUCAACAUUGAUGUUGAAAAGAUCGCCGGUGUGUAUAUGUGCGGUGGUGGUGCCCGCAACCCCAACAUCAUCAAGUAUCUCAGGGCGCAGCUUCCAAACUCAAAGAUUGUCAGUCUUGACGAGACGGGUAUUCCUUCCGAUGCCAAGGAGGCAGUCUCGUUCGCUCAACAGGCUCUCGAGGCUAUUCUCGGCCGGGCUGCUCUUGUCCCCAUUAAUAGUGACACAUUGACUCCUAACACCAUCUCGGGUAAGAUUGCGCCGGGUCUACGUUGGAGAGAGCUUAUGGCGAUGGCAGUGGAGUUCGGAAAGGGUCAGGUUCAGUUGCCAACGGUGAAGGAGAUGGUUGUCGAUCGGCCGUACACCGAAUGGAAGCCCUAG